AAAAAAAUGUUGAGUUUUUAUGUCAAAUAGAGAUUAAAGAAGAUACGAACAAUGAUAAUGAAAAUGAUGAUCAUUAUAAUGCUGUUGUUGAUAUUGAAGAUCAAAAUGUCUACGAUGAUGGUGUUGAGUUUGGUGUUGAUAGUGAGAUUAAUGAUGAUAGUGAUGUUACGGAAUCGGUUGAAGAUUUGUCAAUUAUAGAAUUCAACA